AUGGAAGAACAAAAGAACCCAAUUACAUUCCAGUGCAUUUCCUGUAAUACAAUAAUUACAGACUCAUUCUUUCUUAUGGAGAGAGUUGAGGACAACCUUCUGUUCACAGCAGCACCAAAUACGAUUAUAGACAACUCUAUAAUAAGCACUGCAGAGACCGAUUCAGACGAAACAUACUGUUCUUAUUCUAUUAUAAGGUGUAUAUGCAAUAAAGAAAUAGGAAGAAAAUAUGUUACAGUGAAUGAUUCAUUAACCAACUGUUUAAACAACUACUUGAUACAGAUAAAGAACAUACGGGGGUAUCAGCUGGGGAUGAAGGCUCAAACAAAAGAAGCAGUUAUAAUGACAAACUCUGAGAUAAACACAGAAAUAAUUAAAUUACAGCGGUUCUGCACAUUCUUAUAUAAUAAGAUAAAGGAGAUAAAGUAAUGGUGGCUUGGGAUUAAAUAGUGUAGAAAUAUGAAUAGCCUGACAUUCUUAAUAACAGAGUUUCGGGGCGCAUCUAAGUUUAAUGGUUGUAUCACAGGGUGCAAUUUCUAUUCAAAAGUAAUUUAUUUAUUAUCUUGAAUUAUUAAAAAUGGAAA